UGCCAGGCUCUGCUGCCCGGUGAUCCGGGCGGGAGGAGACGGUGGUGCCAUGGCAACACCUGCACAAGAGGCCGGAGCCGCGGGGCCGGCAGCUGAGUCCCAGUGCUGGGGGCACCAGGGGUCCGGCCCCAUGGAGGAAGCACCCAGCAGCCAAGCCCCCUGUGAGGGGAGCAAGAGCCAGAGGCUGCCGGGGAUCGAGGAGGGGCCCCCGGCCGGCCCCCCACCCGACUAUCGGCAGCACCUGUACAGCCUUCUGGGCCCUGAAAGAGCCAAAUACUUCCUGAGCCCGCCAGCCCUGGCGCGAUGCAGGAGCCCUGGGGAGCCGGGCCUGCUGGAGGCAGUGGGAGGGGCCGGCGCUGAGGAGCUCUGGCGAGUCCUGCACGAGGAGCCACAGCGCCGGCGGCAGGCGGCAGAGGCCAGGACGGGGCAGACGCUCGCCGAGCAGCAGGUGCCCUGGCUGGGACGCGCCGCUCUCACGCCCAGGAUGAAGCGGGUGGCACGGUGGAGGCGGCAGCUGCAUGUGAUGCACCGGCUGGGGGAGCUGCACCAGGACGAAACCAGCCUACUGCUGGCCAGGGAGCCGCUCGCCGACCUCAAUGACAGCCGGGGGGCGCAGGGGCCGGCCCGCUAUCUGCACAGGGCCCUCCAGGGAGUAAGAACAAAGAGGUUCUUACACCUGGAAGAGUCUAUAUAA